UUACAACUAUGAACAAUAUUUUGAGUUACACAAAAAGUCUAAUUGAUUGUUUUUAUGAUAUACAUAAGCAUAAAAUAAAUCUUGGAAGGAAAUAUGUCAAAAUGUGAAUUGAGGCUAUCAUUAGUUGGUAGAUUAAGUGUGACUUCCAUUUCAUAAAAAUAUUUUUCUGUAUUUUUAAUUUUUUUCAUAACAAUGAGAGAUAGGUUUAGUAUAAAUUCAGGAAUUGUAGGUCUCAUGAUGAGUUGCUUCAAGAGAAAUAAUUGUCAGGGAGGCAACUUUGGGGCCCUAUAAACAGAAUUACACUUCAUGAGCUGGCACAUUCACAGCCUACCCUUAAGACCGGCCCUUAAUGGAGUUGUGCCAACAGACACAGCACCUUCAGUGGACACUCCAAUAACCAAGACGGCUGUAGCCAGAGGCUACUGCUACCUUGGCCUCUGGGCUUUCAUUGUUCAACCCACAUAAAUAAUAAUAGAAUAACAAUUUAUCCUCUGCUGAGUUCCUACUAUGUGCUAAGCAGUUUACCUGUUUAAUCUCAUUUAAUCCUCCCAACACCCCUUCAAGAAAGGUAUGUGCAACAUUAUUAUCAUUUUAGAGAUCAAAGAACUGAGGCUUGGAAAGAGGAAAUAACUGGCUGACACCCUCACAUCUCAUUUGUGUGUUUCCUUGCCUCUCUUCUUUUUUUCUCUUUUCCCCCUUUCAUUUGGUCCAGCUCAUCGAUGCAUAUUUUGAUUACUGAGCUGAAGACCACAAAUCCAGUUUUCCAUCUCUCUGAAAAACUUUUCAUAUCCUUUUUUUUCUCAAAGUGAAUAUACCAGGCCACCUGGAGGCAGGCUUUCCUGAGAGCACCUCCCCCUUCCUUUUCCUGUUGGCUUUUAACUUUUGCCCGGGGGGCCACUUUCUCACUUGGUAGCAGUGGCCUCUUGUGCCUUUUUCUCCAAGAUCACCCAGGCUGAAGCUCCUGAGGGACUCACAUCAGUUAUCUUGCUGCUCCAGAAAGGUGGGAGAUGGCAGUUUUCCCAAACUCUGGCCUCCCCAGAUGUCUGCUCACCCUCAUUCUCCUCCAGCUGCCCAAACUGGAUUCAGCUCCCUUUGAUGUCAUUGGACCCCCGGAGCCCAUCCUGGCCGUUGUGGGUGAGGACGCCGAGCUGCCCUGUCGCCUGUCCCCGAACGCGAGCGCCGAGCACCUGGAGCUGCGCUGGUUCCGAAAGAAGGUUUCGCCGGCGGUGCUGGUGCACAGGGACGGGCGAGAGCAGGAAGCCGAGCAGAUGCCCGAGUACCGCGGGCGGGCGACGCUGGUCCAGGACGGCAUCGCCGAGGGGUGCGUGGCCUUGAGGAUCCGCGGCGUCAGAGUCUCUGACGACGGGGAGUACACGUGCUUUUUCAGGGAGGAUGGAAGUUACGAAGAAGCCCUGGUGCAUCUGAAGGUGGCUGCUCUGGGCUCUGACCCUCACAUCAGUAUGCAAGUUCAAGAAAAUGGAGAAAUCUGGCUCGAGUGCACCUCAGUGGGAUGGUACCCAGAGCCCCAGGUUCAGUGGAGAACUUCCAAGGGAGAGAAGUUUCCAUCUACAUCAGAGUCUAGGAAUCCCGAUGAAGAAGGUUUGUUCACUGUGGCUGCUUCAAUGAUCAUCAGAGACACUUCCGUGAAAAAUGUGUCCUGCUACAUCCAGAAUCUCCUUCUUGGCCAGGAGAAGGAAGUAGAAAUAUUCAUACCAGCUUCCUCCCUCACAAGCCUGACUCCUUGGAUAGUGGCUGUGGCUGUCAUCCUGAUGGUUCUAGGACUUCUCACCAUUGGGUCCAUAUUUUUCACUUGGAGACUAUACAACCAAAGAUCCAGAGAGAGGAGGAAUGAAUUCAGCUCUAAAGAGAGACUCCUGGAAGAACUCAAAUGGAAAAAGGCUACAUUGCAUGCAGUUGAUGUGACUCUGGAUCCAGACACAGCUCAUCCCCACCUCUUUCUUUAUGAGGAUUCAAAAUCUGUUCGACUGGAAGAUUCACGUCAGAAACUGCCUGAGAAACCAGAGAGAUUUGACUCCUGGCCCUGUGUGUUGGGCCGUGAGACCUUCACCUCAGGAAGGCAUUACUGGGAGGUGGAGGUGGGAGACAGGACUGACUGGGCAAUCGGCGUGUGUAGGGAGAAUGUGAUGAAGAAAGGAUUCGACCCCAUGACUCCUGAGAAUGGGUUCUGGGCUGUAGAGUUGUAUGGAAAUGGGUACUGGGCCCUCACUCCUCUCCGGACCCCUCUCCCAUUGGCAGGGCCCCCACGCCAAGUUGGGAUUUUCCUAGACUAUGAAUCAGGAGACAUCUCCUUCUACAACAUGAAUGAUGGAUCUCAUAUCUAUACUUUCUCCAACGUCUCUUUCUCUGGCCCCCUCCGGCCCUUCUUUUGCCUAUGGUCCUGUGGUAAAAAGCCCCUGACCAUCUGCCCAAUUGCUGAUGGGCCUGAGGGGGUCACAGUCAUUGCUAAUGCCCAGGACCUUUCUAAGGAGAUCCCAUUGUCCUCCAUAGGGGAGGACUCUGCCUCUGCAGAUGCAGACACACUCCAUUCUAAGCUAAUCCCUACCCAACCCAGCCAAGGGGCACCUUGAGGAAUAUCCCAGCUCAUCUGUUUUCCUUUCCUCUAACCCCUCUCCUCCAUAGCCUUCUGAGGCUUCACCAGCCAGCUUCACCCAGCCUGUUUCUUCCUGUUGGGUGGCGAUUAAUUCAUCCUGUGAAGGUUGCAUUACUGCUGCUAGAGAGGGUGGGGAUUGCACCUUCCGAAUCUGUUUCUGUACCAAUAUUUGGGGGAUGGAGGGGUGACUCAAACUGCUUCUUGUGUUCUCCUAAUCCCUUAAGACUAGAACCUAUAGGAAACUACUUGGAGCAAACUCAAAGGACAGAUUAGGGAUCGAGAUCAGGUCAGGUUAGCACGGGGUUGUGGUUGAAAUGUCUUGGUAUCCAGGAUAAGGGUAUGUGGAAAAACAGGCUUUAGGCAAGUGGAAAAUUCAAAAUAUGCUGCGGAAGGACAAUCUCAGGCUGAAAUCCCAUAAAGGAACUUGGAGGGAACAUUAUGAUGGAGGGAAGUGAGGUGAACCCAGGCACAUGAUGAACACCUGGCUCACCCACAGAGUUUUCACAGCCUAUAUCUCAAAUUUUCUAAGCCAUGUCCCAUAGGAUAGAGGAGACUGGCCCCACUUCUAUGGGUGCUGAGCUCUGGAAAAGGGGGAGCAGAGAAGAACUGAGAUGAGCAGGGAUGAAGGGUCAGGCAGAAAGUGUGAUAGAGGAGAGAAUUUUUGACAAAACUCGAAAGUUGUUUGCACCGCUGUCCUUUGUGCCCUAUUCCUUUCUCUGCACCCUCCUGUUUCUCCCUUGCCUGGACAUCAUUCCACCCUCAGUUUGUUGACUCCACAAGUUUCCAGUUGUCCUCUUCUUUUUGUUAUAGCAUCUCUCCAUUUCAAAGACAUUCCUAGAAAUCAUCCUUCAGUGAUAUCAUUACUUGAUCAGCCACCAUCUCAACUUUAUGUCACCUCAGCCCUCAUCUCAAUGCCCAAACCCCUUACGCACACCUUCGGUUAGCUUUAACUGCCUCCAUUUCCACACUGUGCACCUUUCACUGUUUCCCUACCCAGCUUUCCUACAUGCUGCCUCUCCUGGGGGUCCCCUGAAUGCUGCAUUAUUGUGUUUAGCACAGCUGGACUGACUGCACCUGUGUAUUUGCCCCUGAGCACUUUCCUGUAUACAUGUGGCUUGUCUUGCCAAUGAACUCCAGGCUUACACCUUCCAUUUCCAUCGUAUUCUCCAUUUUCCAGGAUAGAUGUUGCUCAUUGUCUUUACCUAAUAAAUAAAUUUGUCUGAUUGCU